AUGACCGCAUUAAUACUUCGGUCAUUAACGAAAUAUUUACCGAAUCGAGUCGAUACCGCGCACAAUUGGAAACACGUCGCGGGACUCGAACUUGCCGAUCGUGACCCCAUGAGUUCGGAUCUAAUCGACAUCAUUAUUGGUGCCGAUCUGUUCGGCAUGCUAGUUCUCGAUGGUGUCCGAAAAGGCUCAGAACAUGAGUCUAUUGCGCAAAAUACCACUCUAGGCUGGAUUCUGUCCGGGCCAAUAGCCUCGUCACCGAAUACUGGCUCAGUUUCCGCUCUUGCGCAUCAUGGAGUCGUCAUCGAGACUCUCGAUUGCGAUCUUCGUCGCUUCUGGGAAAUUGAGGAAGUGCCUCAGAAAGCUGCUCGAAGCCCUGAGGAUCACCAGUGCGAAGAGCACUUCAAAGCCACGCAUUCUCGUACGCCGGAAGGACGCUUUCACCGCUUGGAACAACGUUUAAAUCGAAACCCAAUUAUCGCUUCCGAGUACCGCGAAUUUCUCGCCGAGUACGAAACCCUCGGUCGUAUGACCAAAAGACCACCAACAGAAAUUAUCAAACCAGAGCAAGCAUAUUACAUUCCGCAUCACGCUGUAUUACGCGAUAGCAGUACGACCACCCGCUUACGAGUAGUCUUCAACGCGUCGUGCCGCACGUCAAACGGAACGUCAUUGAAUGACCAUAUGCUCAUAGGCCCUAAGCUUCAACGGGAUUUGGCCACGGUCUUAACCCCCAAGAUACCGACUACCAGCGCAUUGUGUGGCAACCUACUCCUGACGAACCAAUCUCGGAUUACCGCCUUCUCACCGUCACCUGCCGCCGCUCCAUAUUUAGCUCUUCGGGUUUUAGAUCAGCUCGUCGAAGAUGACGGUGCUGACUUUCCACUAGCUGUUCCCGUUUUACGUCAUCAGACGUAUGUUGAUGAUUGCGCUUUCGGCGCAAACCAGAUUCUCGCUCGUCAAACCCGCGAUCAAUUAGUCGAAUUGUUAAAGAAAGGAGGCUUUCGCCUUCGAAAAUGGGCGAGCAACGCCUCCGCUUUAUUGUCUGAUCUCGAUCCCGCGGAUCACGGAUUAGUUACUCACAAGGUUCUUCAAGACGACGACCACCUCAAAGUCUUAGGAAUCCUCUGGAAUCCGAAGCUAGACAUUUUUCAAUUCCGCGUUACCGUGCCGGCUUCACCCGGCCGAACCAAACGAGCCAUUCUUUCGACUAUUGCGAAGUUUUUCGAUCCUUUAGGAUGGGCGACUCCCGUCAUUAUUACCGCAAAAGUUUUUAUGCAGCGAUUGUGGUCACUUAAAUGCUAUUGGGAUGACGAAAUUCCCAGCCAACAUUUCGAUUACUGGUUAGACUAUCAUAACCGACUUCCGUGUCUCAACGACAUUAGCAUUCCUCGCUGGACGACUUACGGAUCUCACACGCUAAAGUGCGCCCUUCAUGGAUUUUCCGACGCUUCGACUGCAGCUUUCGCGGCUGCAGUGUAUCUUCGUACCGUCAAUGUCGACGGCUCAAUUACUGUCUCGCUUCUCGUCGCCAAAUCGAAAGUGGCCCCGCUUAAAACGAUGAGCGUCCCGCGCUUGGAAUUAUCCGCCGCUGUGCUUCUCGCGCAUUUAAUGCAUUUCGCACGCUCAGCGCUUCAACUCCCCGAGCUCGAGUGCCACUGCUGGACGGACGCUACCAUCACACUCGCAUGGCUGAGCCCUCCAUGGCUACACCACCCUCCCGAAUCCUGGCCGAACUCGUGCCCGUUGUUACCCGCCGAGAUUCCUCUCGAACAACGCCCGGAGCCUCCGGGAUGUGCAUCGCAUACGACGCCCGAUUGGGAUCUCGCGUCGCGUUAUUCGUCGUGGCCAAAAUUACUACGAAUUACCGCUUACCUAUACCGAUGUCUAAAUCGAGUUCGACGCACAAAAAACCCGCAAUCGGAUACCGCGAUUUUGAUCUCCGAAGAAAUUCAGACCGCCAAACGUUACUGGCUCAAAAUUAUGCAGUCAGACUUAUUUUCUAACGAAAUCGUUGCUCUGAAUCAAAAACGCGCGGUGUCGAAAAGCAGCCCGCUAUCUAUUCUCAAUCCUUAUAUGGACGAGGACGGACUCAUUCGAAUUCGAGGAAGACUCCGUCGAGCUUACCUCCCAGGAGCAACGAAGAAUCCAAUCGUAUUACACGCGCAUCCGCUGUUGGUACUCAUUAUCCAGCAUCAUCAUCUGAGAACGUUGCAUGCCGGUUCGCAAUUAACGCUCGCGUCAUUGGGAAACGAAUUUUGGAUUCUCCGAGCUCGCGCCACCGUUCGAUCCGUUCUUUACAAAUGCCUACAAUGUACGCGUGAACGCGCCGCCGUGCCCGUCGAACUCAUGGGUGACCUCCCGGCUGUGAGAGUCAACCGCACCGUUCGCGCCUUUAUUCAUACCGGCGUCGAUUAUGCAGGUCCGAUCGCUGUCCGCACGGCGCCCGGUCGAGGUCAUAAGUCGCAAAAGGCGUAUAUCGCGUUAUUCCGUAUCAACGCUUCGUUUCUCGGCGAGGAUUACCGACGUCCAUGUAUUCGGACAAAGGAACCACAUUUCGAUCGCGAACUUUCGAGCGCACAUGCCGCUGCCAUACGCAAUCCUAAUUUCCGCAGCCGACUCGCUUCCGACGGAACUGCGUGGCACUUCCUACCUCCCGCUUCGCCGCACUUCGGUGGUCUGUGGGAAGCCGGCGUUAAAAGUGUUAAGCAUCAUUUAAAACGAUGCAUCGGCCUCCACACGCUAACUUUCGAGGAGAUGUCUACGCUCCUAUGUCGAAUUGAAGCGUGCCUUAAUUCACGUCCGAUCGCGCCCGUUUCCGAUAAUCUUGACGAUUAUCACGCUCUAACUCCCGGUCAUUUUUUGAUCGGAACCCCUCUUAUCGCUCCCGCCGAACCGAGCGUGCUUGACUUAAGCGAAAACCGACUUUCGCGUUGGCAAAUGGUUCAACAAAUGACCGAAGGUUUUUGGAGGUCUUGGUCCGGUGAUUACUUGCAUACUCUUCAACAACAUCCAAAAUGGCGCGUUGUCCAGCGAUUGGCCAAAGUUGGUCAAAUCGUCCUAGUGCGUAACCCUCUGGCUCCACCGAGUCAAUGGGAACUUGGCCGAAUUACGGCGUGUCAUCCAGGCGAUGACAAUCUAACUCGCGUCGUAACGAUAAAGACAAGUCAUUCCGUAUACAAGCGACCGAUUGCGAAACUCUGUUUUCUACCUGUUACCAUCAAUAGCGAAGAAUCAAAAGAUUCCGUCACGGCGGGCAGAGUUUCCGUGUGA